AUGGCCAAAGUCAUCAUUCAACCCGAUGAAUUAACCACUGCUGCUUCCGUCCUCUCUCUAUCCCCUCUCGAGAUCAAAUUCUCAGCUCCUGCUCGACUCUAUCGUUCAAACUUUUCCUCGGAAUGGGAAUAUUCAGGAGCUCAUGGUAUUGUAACCGUCAAUGUGGAUAAAGCUUCCUCCUCAUGUUUCAUCCGCUUGGUUGAUCUCUCUCGUAAAACCAUUGCCAUGGAACAAGAAUGUUAUGAAGGCUUUGAAUAUUUAAUCUUGGCCGAUAAUUUCCAUGCGUUUGAAAGUGAUGAUCAUUUUGUUGGUUUAUUGUUUGCAGAACGUUUUGAUGCAGCCUUGUUUGGGAAACAAGUGAGUCAAUUGAUACGUUUAACAAGUGGAGGAAGUAUCAAUGCUCCUCCAACAAUGAAUGCAUUACCAAAACCAACACGUACUUCAUCGGCCGAUGUUACUACUGGUGCAGGUAGUCCAACACUUCAUCCUCAACCACCUGUGAAGAGAGUGGUUACUACUACGACUAGUACUACAACAGCAACAACAACAACUCCAACAAAAUCAGUAGAACCUGAAAAGAGAGAAACUGGUGGUAGUUUCUUGAGUAAAUUCUGGUCCAAGGAUAAAAAACAAGUUCCUGACAAGUCAACGAUCAAAAUUUCGGGACCCAAGAUUGACAAGUUUAAACACGUUUCACAUAUUGGAUUUGAUCCAAAGAAGGGUUUCACUGAAAUUCCAGAAGAGUGGAAGCACAUCUUUGAAAAGGCUGGAAUUUCUGAAGAUGAGUUGAAGGAUAAGAAAACUGCCAAGUUUUUGAUGCAAACCAUUGCUACAGUAGGAGGUGACAGCGGAAAUGCAACAUUUGCAACUCCACCACCCCCAAUGGAAACAGGAAAUUUACCAAAACCUCCUGGAAGUAGACCUCCUCCACCGCCAUUUAAGGGCGCAUCCAGUAGUAGCAGCAGUACUAGCACAGGUGGCACUGGUGGUGGAUUUGUUCCUCCUCCUCCAACAAAUGUACCAAUUGUUGCCAAUAAUAUUCCUCCACCACCUUCUUUGGGUCAAACAGUUUCUGUAUCAAGCCCAUCGGGUGGUGAUGAGAGCGGCGGAGGUUACUCUGGAAUGGACAUGUUGUCAGAAAUUAGAUCUAAAAAGCUAAAAACUGUCAAGCAAGAGGAUUUACCUGACGUUUCUCGUAUGCAAGAGAGUGAGCAAAAUAGCUUGGCUCACACUCUUCAAAAAGCCAUGGAGCUCAGAAGAGCCAAAGUUGAAAUGUCAAGUGAGGAAGAUGAUGACGAUGAAGACGAUGAUUGGGAAUUGUAA